AUGUUGACUGCCCCACCACAGGACACUUUCCAAUACACUCGCCCGGAAAUCUAUGACGAGUUUCUCGACAUCAUGCGUGCAUGUAUGAUUCAUCGGUCGAACCAGGCGACGACGAUCCAGUGGGUCAAUCUCUUGGACGUCCAUUAUCUGGAUAUCAUCUACGGCUUCAAACAAUUCUUGCCCGACAAGGCAUCCAGAAGACUGGUCGAUCUCAGAAUCGUGUAUCUGGUUCUGCAGGAUUGGUUGAGGAGAAGUAGGGAGCUGGAGUGGAGUCUUCCGGAUUGGAGUCGCAUUGGGAUGCGCAUUCGCGAGGAGAGCGAUGAGUGA